AUGGCUGACACCACUACUCUGGGCCCUCCAGCACCGAGCCAGGGUCCUAUUACCCCGCGCAAAGGUCCCCCCAAGUUCAAACAGAGACAGACCCGGCAGUUCAAGAGCAAGCCUCCUAAGAAAGGCGUGAAAGGGUUUGGAGAUGACAUCCCAGGCAUGGAGGGGCUAGGAACAGACAUCACAGUGAUCUGUCCCUGGGAAGCAUUCAGCCACCUGGAACUGCAUGAACUCGCUCAGUUCGGGAUUAUAUGA